CUGUUAAGAUGAGAAAAAAAACUCACUCUGGAACUUUUAUCUCUAUUGUCAAUCUUUUGAAAUCGCCAUCGACAUGGCGAAUCGAUCUCUUUACCUUGUCUCUAUUACUUUUCUUUUGCUGAUUAAUAACUUUUGUUCUGCUAAUGCAAUAUCAAACAUAGACGAUGACAACGAAGAAGUUGAGGGUUCAAAUGAAGGUCAAAAAGAGAAUUCUUACCCAAUUGUGGAUGAAAAAGAUGUAAUUAUACUAAAACACAAGAAUUUCAGUAAAACCGUGAAGAAAAAUCGGUAUGUAAUGGUGCUUUUUUACGAACCCUGGUCCAAAGAGUACGAGGCAUUUUUACCAGGGUAUGCAUCCGCUGCGACGGAAUUGAAAGGAGAAGCACUGCUCGCGAAGGUGGAUGCGACCGAGGUAUAUGCACUGACCAAGAAAUAUGAAUUGGAGGAAUACCCAUCGGUCUUAUUUUUUAUUGAUGGAGUUAUUCAGAAACGCUAUCUUGGGAAGAAGACCAAAGAUGCUAUUGUGGCCUGGGUUAAGAAGAAAUCCGGACCUGGGAUUUACAACGUAACUGAAAUUGAGGAUGCUAAACGAAUAUUGAAUACAGAUGACAAACUCGUUAUGGGUUUCUUUGAUUCUUUGGUGGGUCCUAACUGUGACAUUCUUGCUGCUGUCUCAAGACAAGAAGAUUAUAUCAACUUCUACCAAACUUCUAGUCCUGAAGUAGCAAAAAUCUUCCACAUUGACCCCGAUGUUGAGCGUCCUGCUUUGGUCAUGCUGAAGAAGGAGGCGGAGAAACAAGUCCACUUCAAUGGUAAAUUCACGAAGCUUGCAAUAGCAAAGUUUGUGUCAGCCAGCAAGCUUCCUCUAGUGACGCGGUUUUCUAAAGAAAGUGCUCAGUUGAUUUUUGAGAAUCCAGUUAAGAAUCAGAUUUUUCUUUUUGCCACUUCUAGCGAUUCAGUGAAGUUCAUCUCGGAAUUUGAAGAGGCAGCAAGAUUCUUCAAGGGAAAGAUCAUCUUUAUCUAUGUGGAAUUAGACGGCGAAGAUGUUGGAGUGGCACUUUCAGCAUUCUUCGGUGUUAAUGGGCGUGGCCUUAUGGUUAUUGCAUAUACUGGAACUGAAGAUGCGAAGAAGUACAUGUUUGUUGGCAAAGUGACUCUUGACAAUAUUAAGGCAUUUGGGAAGGAUUUUUUGGAAGGCAAACUUCCGCCUUUCUACAAGUCUGAUCCAAUACCAGAGAUUAAUGAUAGGGAUGUGAAAAUAGUGGUGGGGAAAAACUUUGAUGAGAUUGUGUUGGACGAGUCGAAGGAUGUUCUCCUUGAGAUUCAUGCACCAUGGUGUGAACAUUGCCAAAAGCUUGAGCCUACUUACAACGAGCUAGCCAAGCAAUUGCGUGGGAUUAAUUCAAUUGUCAUUGCCAAGAUGGAUGGAAGCACCAAUGAGCAUCCUAGAGUCAAGGUUGAAGCGUUCCCCACAUUUUUCUUCUUCCGUGCAGGAAAUAAGAACUCGGACCCUAUUACCAUAGAUGGCAGUGUAAGUAUAGAUGAAAUCACUAAAUAUCUCAAGGAGCAUGCAUCAAUUCCAUUCAAGGCACGGCAGAAACCAAGUUCUUCUUCUCCAGUAGAUGUCGAUAUUUCCAAGAGAAGAAAGAACAGCGACAACAACAACAAUGUCGUCAACGAUGAACUGUAAUGUUAAAUUCCCUCCAUUCCAUUAGGAUAAUUAAGUUGCUUUUGCCAGUAACAGACAAUGUAGUAGACUAAUAGUGUUUAGACUUUAGACACUUUGAGAAAAAAAAUCCUAGUCCUGGUCCUAGAACCCCAAAUACUAUUCUGGUUCUCAUUUUAAUCCAAUUUCUAGCCUCACCCA